AUGCUCGAGGCUUCGCAACGAAUUGUUCAAGAUUUAUGCAAAUCGAACGAAUUUCAAUCGCAACAGAUACAGCUCACACAUCUCGGACGUCGACACGUGGACGAAGAACAUGCUGUUGAAGGAUCGAUUAAUUUACAACACAAUAUCAGCGACGAUAGGACCAACGCUGCGAGCGCUUUUCAGCAGCAAAGAUGGGCAUUCUUUUCCAUUCGACCGAGUCGCACGUCUGCGAGUACCGUUGUCAGCACAAAACAAGCGACACACGUUUGCGACAAAAUUUUGGAAUGUGUGCAAGGGUACGUCACGAACCCUUUAUUCUUCCACGGUAUAACAUUCGGUGUUUCCAUAAAUGCGAGUUUAGCAAAAAACUCUUGCGCGCACCAGAAAAUCAGUAAUGGCGACAAUAUUAAGAUCGCGUGUACAUCUGGAGAAAUUGAAAAGUUGAUACAUCAGUUUCACCCGUGCGAUGGUGUCGUACCUGAGUUAGCGAACGAUGAGAAUUUACGAAUGAAAAUAGAUGCGAACAACGUCGCGAACCUUCACGAACUUUUGAAAGAACAGAAUAUUGGCUUUUACACUGGUAAACUCGGGCUUUCGAAAAUAUUAGCGAAAAAGGUCAUGGUUCGACUCGAAGCUUUUUCCUCUUUUGCAUCGUCGCAAAACGAUAAGAAUACCUCUGGAAAGAAUAAAGCAAGCGUUAGCGCGAGAAAAUCGACGCAAGUUUCCGCAUUGAGCGUCUACCAGCCACUGCUAAAAUGCGGCGGACAACUUGAGAACAAUAGCGGUGCUAAUUGCAACAACUCGAUUACAUCCAUCGGACGCGACUUAACGCGUGUGACUUUAUUUCAUGGAAUGUUUUUUAACAGAUGGCCGGAAGAUUUGGUGUGCGAAGUGCAUGCUGCACCUUCCCACGGCGGUGAUUUGAAUACUAGAGGUGUAUUUGAGGAGAAAGUAAACUUUCCGAGCUUUUCGAGCUUUUUCACCUUGUUGGGGGACGAUGGGUUGACUAGGAAAAAAGUACGCGCAGCGCUCGUGCGAGAAGCGUGUUCUGUUGUUGAUUCGACAGAACGAAGAAAAAAUGGAAAUUCUUCAAGCUUGUCAACGAUCGUUGAUGUGGUAGGCGAUAAAGUGGCAAAUAUCAUUCGUCAAAUUGUUCGAGACGAUGCAAACGUGCGCGCCUUGCGCGUUCAAGCGUCCAGUUUCGUUCCCGAACAAGGAGAAGACUGCAGAAUUUUGAAUCUAAACAAUCACGAACUAGAAGAAAGAGAAGGAGGUGAUGGAGAAGGAAGUGACGACGACGACGACGACGACGACGACGACGACGGCGGCGGCGGCCCUGGAGACUAUCAAUCUAAUAAGAAGUUCAUCAAGCUUUUCUAUAACGCCUUGGAUGAUGAGUACGAAGGUGUAAAACAUUACAGAGGUAGAUUUGAACACGAGCUCAGGCGCAAAGGACCAGUGGCGAGCGAAAGAUCAAAGCCGACGACAACGCGUUUACAAACGGAGCAAAAGAAGCGAACUUAUUCGGAGAUAAAUCGAGACGUGGACAAAAAGUUGCGCACAAUACAGCCUUCGGUAAACGAGAUAUUUACUUCCAACCGAACAAUCACAGGGAAUGCGAGAAGAAAUGCUUUUGAACCCGAUGAAGACGCGGUGAAGCGUUUAUCGGGUAAGAAUGGUGAAGGUGCAAACGUAUGCGCAGUUCUGGAUUUUAUAAGUUACGGCGAUUCAAAUCCAAAGGUUGUUCGAGACGUGAUGUCAGCGAAGGAGGAGGAAAUAAGAGAAACUCUUAAUGGAGCAGAGCGACAAAACGAGGUUGACAAGAGCGCUGAAGCGAGAAGUAGCGUUUGGAGAGACGCGUCAUGA